AUGUCUUAUCCCCCAAAAGAAACUGAAAUCGAUACAACACCAAAUUCACAGCACAAAUUACAAAAAUCACAAUUGCUAUCAUCGUCAACUGUAUCCUCAUCGACAACGCUCAAUGAAGCGAUUGCUCGGAACAUAGCAUCAAAUAUUGAACUUCCAUAUUCACAUGAGUAUGGUAAUAGCAACAGCGCCAAACCACCAAAUAGCUCAACCGCAUCGUCAUCCCAAUUAACGACAUCAGAGAGACCGUCAGGUCAUUACUAUUCAAUCAGCAAACAUGAAAUUCCACCAAAUAGUUACACUCCCGGCAAUCUUGUAUCUGAUUCAGUUUCACCACGUUCAACAACCACAACAUCAUUGGCUGAUCCACAACAUCCAACAUCAAAUUCAUUUUAUCAACAUCAUUCACUAGAGUUACCAUCGCCAUCAUCGUCAACAUCAUCGCAAACAUCCAAAACAAAUCUAUCACUAUUUGGCUCGUAUUCACCGAGCCCAUUCCCACUUUUACCAAAUCUAUCAUUCGAUACGCCAACCAUAUUUCCACCAACGCCACCACCUUCGGCAUGGAAUCCAUUUUGGUAA